AUGCGGACCACUCCGUUUAGCUAUCUCGCCCCUCUGCUCCUCGCACUAUGUUCACCAGCACUAGCCGGCAGUCCCCGCGAUGAAAUCUCCUUCAGCUGCCUCCCAUUGACAAUCGAAAUGUCCGACCCGAUCAUGUUCCCCGGAAACGAAUCAGACCAUCUCCACCUAGUAGCAGGAGGAACAGCAUUCCAGCGAGCAAUGGCGGACGAUACAGCUCGGAAGGCUAUAGGGACGACAUGUGGUAUUGAGAUUGAUAAGAGUAACUAUUGGGUUCCGGAGCUGUAUCAUCAGACGGAGGGUGGCUUUGAGCUUGUGGAUGUUGAGGGGAUUGAACUGUAUUAUAUGAACCGAGCGUGUAAUUAUACCGAGGACGCGACGGCUUGUGAUUCGGAGCAUGAGGUUGCGAUUGCACCUCCUGAUGGACUGAGAAUGGUCGCUGGGAAUCCUUUUCUUCGGACGUAUAACGACUCAAACCCGGCCCAGCAAGCAAUAUCACACAUGUGCAUAAGAGAGGACGGAUCUUCAAAUGAAACGAAACACCUCCCCCAAGAGCCCUGCUCGCUCAUGCGAUCCCAGGUCUUUUUCCCAUCAUGCUGGGACGGGAAGAACGUUGACACCCAUGACCAUCAUAGCCAUAUGUCCUACCCCGCAAUCGGCCACUACAACCAAGGCGUCUGCCCUCCAUCCCACCCAAUAGCAAUAAUCUCCAUCUUCGCCGAGUUUCUCUUCAACACAAAGCCCUACCCCGACUACGACAACCUAGUCUAUGCAAUGGGCGACCCAACCGGCUACGGUCUGCACGGGGACUUCGUCAAUGGUUGGACGGACUUAGAUGCGCUACGGGAUGCACUGGUGACAUGUACGGGUGAGAAGGGUUUGACUGAUCCAAGUUGCUCGGUUACGAAGAAUCAGCAUGGUGUACUGGCGCCGCAGUCUAGGCCGAUGGAGGUGCAUUCGCCUAAGGGGGAGAAGGAGGUUGGGCAGAAUGGGCCGAUUCCGAAGUUACCGGGGGAUAAUCCUGUGACGGGGCCUGGGGAUGAGGGGGAGUGGGUGGGAAAGAAGAGUGGGAAAGAGGGUGGAAAGGAGAGCGGAAAGGAGAGUGGAAAAGAGGAUGGGAAAGAGGAUGGGAAAGAGGACGAUGAGAAGGACCAGGACAAGAACGAUGGCGGGUCCAAGCCGAAACCAAAGCCGAAGCCGACGUCGGAAGAUGAGGGCUUUGGGAAGGGAUGUUGGUUCUGUAAUUGGGGAGGGUGGAAAUGA